UGCGUUGCUUUGCUUGAUCAAGAUUCAACACUCCCUCCUUUCUUCUUUCUUCUUUCUUCUUUCUUCAAACCUCAAAAACCAGACGACAAUUUUCCAAAACCCUCUCUCUCUCUCUCUCUCUCUCUCUCUCUCUCUCAAGAAAUGGCGGCUCCACCGGUGGUGAGGUUCCCGAUCUUCACGACUGUGAGAGCGUUUGGCGUCGCCGUCACCGUUCUUCUUCUCAUUUGGACGCUUCAUUUCAGAGGAGGCCUCGCUCUCAUCUCUGACAACAAAGAUCUCAUCUUCAAUGUCCAUCCAGUGUUGAUGGUGAUUGGGCUUGUUCUGAUCAAUGGUGAAGGGAUGCUUGCAUACAAGACAUUAUCUGGAACAAAAAGCUUCAGAAAAACAGUGCAUCUCACAUUGCAGUUUCUGUCUCUAAUUUUGAGUUUAAUUGGUGUCUGGGCUGCUUGGAAGUUUCACAUUGACAAGGGCAUUGACAAUUUCUACAGCCUGCAUUCCUGGUUGGGCCUUGCAUGCCUUUUCCUAUUCUCCAUCCAGUGGGCUGCCGGAUUUGUGACAUUUUGGUAUCCGGGAGGUUCAAGGAAUAGCAGAGCUGCGCUUUUGCCAUGGCAUGUGUUCUUUGGGAUCUAUAUCUAUGGUUUGGCUAUAGCUACUGCUGCUACUGGUAUUUUGGAAAAGGCGACAUUCCUUCAGACGAACAAUGUUAUAUCGCGCUAUUCCAGCGAAGCCCUGCUGGUCAAUACUUUAGGCAUCUUGAUUGUCAUUUUAGGCGGCUUUGUUAUUCUUGGAAUCGUUGCUCCAUCUGGUGGUAAAUCAGAAACCACAAGAGGAAAUGAAUAACUAUACUGAGUGU